CGAGCCUCGCCGUCGCCCGUCGCGUCGACCACAUCGAUCCACCCGUCCAUGGAGACGGAAGCCGUGGCGCUACCGGAGGACGCCCUCGCCGGCGUCUUCCGCCGCUUGCCGCCGCUCCUCCCGCACCAGCUCCCGCGCUCGGUCCGCGGCAUCUUCAUCAACUACAUCGACCACGGCCGCCCGCACCUCUUCGCCCGCCCUUCCAGUUCCACGGCGUCGCCUCCGGCGACGAGCCCGGAGAUCGACGGCCUGCUCAGCUUCAUGCCGAACGACCCCGGGACGGACUGGUGGUCGGUCAUGGACCACUGCGACGGCCUCCUCCUCUGCAGCGUGGAGCGGGAGCGCCGGCUCUGCGUCUGCAACCCGGCGACGCAGCGUUGGGCGCUGCUUCCUCCGCCACGCGCGGAGGCUAUCACUAUCAGCCGCUACGCCGGCGCGUGCCUCGCGUUUGAUCCGGCGGUCUCGCCUCACCACGAGGUGGUCUUGCUCCCCGACGUGCCGAGGAAGCCGAUGCGUCCGGAUAGCUGGAAGGUGCAGAAGAAGCGGCCGCGGCGCCGACAGCAAGAGAUACACGAGCCGUUCUGCCUGGACUCGUUGUUCGCGUCGCUGGAUGGCACGACGUUAGUUGCUGAGGAUACGACGCAUGGAGAGGAAUUUCAAAGGGGAUCUCCGCCGCCGCAAGUGUCACCUGAUCUAUCCAUGGAUGAGGAGGACAGGGAGCCUGAUGACCCAUGUCGGUUGAUGGAAUGGCCGCCGUCGCCAUUCCGGCUGGAUGUGUUCUCAUCAAGAACAGGGCAGUGGGAGGACAGGUCCUUUGUCCGGGAAGGCGAGUCGGUUGGGACGGUCGAGGACAUGCGGUUGGAUGUAUCGAAACGGAUGGGGUCGACAACACGCCGGCGUUGUGCUGUGUUCCGGCAGAGAGUGCUCUACGUGCAUUACCAUCGUGCUUUCAUUAUGAGAUUAGCAUUGUCAGAUGGUAAGUACCGACUAAUAAAAACACCAACAGAUGCUGACAAUGUGAAGCCAUAUCUAGGGAGAUUAGCAAAGGAGGUGUGCUUCGGAAUUGUUCGUGAGGGUCACUUGCGGGUUUGGGUCCUCAUCGAAUCAGGUGAGAAGGCAGAGUGGGUCUUGAGGUAUCAAGAUGAUCUUCGCCACUGUGCCCACCAUUCAAGAUCACUCUAUAGAAGUGGCACACUGAUGGCUGGACCUUGGACAGUCAUAGAAGAAAAUAAUGUCAAUGUGCGCGGCAGUGAUGACAAGGCUGAAACUCUGACAAAAGAAAAUUUGGAGUGGGACUCUGACAACGAUGAUAUCUUGUCAGUUGACGUCAGAAGUGAGGAAUCCUACUGGGGCAUCUCCUUUGACAUUCUUGGAUUCCAUCCGUACAAGAAAGUUGUCUAUUUGACUGAGCCCUUCGGAGUAUUGGCCUAUCAUUUGAAUACAUCAAACGUUCAAUACCUGGGCAACUCACGUCCAAAAUGCUAUUACCGCAAUUAUUCGAAUGGUAUUUAUGAAUCAUUUGUGUACACUCCAUGUGUGAUCAGGGAGCUUCAAGAAGACAAUAUAUCCUGGUAGUUCAGUUGUCAGUACCGGGGGUCACUACAACGAAGGCAGUUGAACUCUACCGUACCGUGUGAUGGUGUCUGUCGUCAUUUUCAUGUACCCCACCGUUACGUGAUUAAUUUUCGAUUGAUCACGAAAAUAAAGCAUUUGUUUGCCCAUUCUAA